AUGCACAUCACUGGCUUGCUGCUGAGGCGCUACCAUCAGUACGGCAGGAUCGACGACUUCGACCUCCCGGGGCGUGCGAACAACUUCACACUGAACUUGUCCCGUCCUAUCGAGUGGAUCGCCACGUGUCCCAUCAUGCAGCUCAAGCUGGUGGUCUUGGCAGGCGCUCGGGUCCCGAGCUACCGCCGCUUCAUGAUGCCACUCAUCUCCGUGUCGGUGCUCCUUUGCGGCACGGCCUCGAUGUUCACAGGAGACGCCUUGCGCUACGCCUGGUAUGCCUUCGGCCUCAUGCUGGCCAUGAUCAUGUUCUACCACAACGCGUUGCAAAUCAAAGAGAACAGCGAGGGUGAGGAGAGCCUUUUCCAAGGGGACUCGGACUUCCGCAAGCUCUCGAUUCUUCUGAUUAUCACGUGGUUCCCAUUUCCGAUAUGGUUCAGCUUGAGUGUCGAGGGCUUCGGCGUGGUCACCGACUACCUGGUCAUCGAGUUGGGCUGGGUCGUCCUCAACAUCGUGUCCAAGUUCACUUUCAUCAUUUGGAUGCAGCGCAUGAAGAUGGUCCAUGGGCGCAAGCUGGAGGCCGCGCGCGAGCUCUAUGGGCUGUCGCCCAGCGACCACGUCGAUGAGGACGAUCUGAAGAAGAAGGCACUUGAAUCAGGAGGUGGUGCUGGCGGGGUCAGCGCUGACAAAUAUGGCCUCGGCGCGGGCGAAGAGGCAGACAGCGAGCAGAAGCUUGUGGAGGUAAUCGCCGAGACCAUGGUCACCCUAGGCAUGAGUUCUCACACAGACCGGCUGCUGAAGCUGAUGGUCGAGAACGGCGUCACGAACACCGCGGUCCUGGAGCGCCUGAACGCUGAGCGUUGUAUGGAGCUGAACUUGCCCUGGGCGCUGGUCGACGCGGCCCAGCGUCGCUGGAUCGCCGAGAAGAUGAACAUGGGCCAGGAUCAGGGCGGCAACGUGGAGAAGGAGGAUCCCUUCAAGAAGCUCCUGGAGGCCAACAAAGAGCGCGUGACCGGCAAACAGCUGAUCAAUGCACUCCCUGGCAUGCCAGGUGGCAUCAGCACGCCCCCGUUGGCCGGGAUGGGGAUGGGUGGCAGCGUGAUGAUGGACAUCGGGGGCAUGGAGGACCAGCUGACAGCGGUGAUCAACAGGGUCAUGAUUCCUUUCCAGGACGCCGUCAUGACCAAGCUGCACAUGAUGGAAGAUAACAUGCAGCGCCAGCUGGAGUCUACCCAGGAAGCUAUCUCCCAGCGGAUGGACUUCUCUCAGGUCUCCCUCUUGCAGACUGUCAAUGCCUGCCAAGUGUUGCUGCACAAGCUGGACUCCUCCCAGGAGACCGUGAUGCAAAAGAUGGACUCCCAGAAGUCCGUCGUGGACCAGAUGGUCAACUCGUACGGAAACCUGGUGACCAACAUCGCAGGUGCCAGCGAGAGCACCAAGAGCGCGCUCCUGGACACGGUCAACACCUCCUCGUCCGCGCUCCUGCAGAAGCUUGAUGCAACACAGCAGGACCUCCUCAAGCAGAGCCACGAGUCGCACGCGGUGUUGCAGGGCGUGGCAUCGUCUCAGACCACUCUUGCCAAGAAGGUGGACUCAGGCAACGAGUUCACGCAGCGCCGCCUCGUGGAGGUGGAGGGCUGCGUCGAGCGCCGCCUGACGGACGUCAGCGACAGCCUCUCGCGCUCUCAGACACUAUGCUCUGACAAGGUCCUCUCCUCCCUGCGUGGGGACUUGGCAACCUUGGCCGCACAGGGCAACGCAAUGGUCGACGCCACGGAGAAGGCUUCCACCAUGCAAGAGGAGCGCAUGGCUGACGUCCGUCGCCAGAACAUGAUGAUCAUGGACAUGCUGACCAACGCGCAGGAGACCAUGCACACCAGUGCUGAGAGCCUGCAGAGCUUCACGCGCUCC